ACUGAAUGCCAAAGAAGCUACAGCUUAUCGAGAGCUCCAAAGAAGCUCGACCUGACUGCCUCUCUCUCUCUCUUUCUCUCUCUGUGUGCAUCGAUGAAGGGCAUGACUGUAUGAGGCCCAGGAUGCCCACAUCCUUGAACGCAGCCUCUAAACCCUAAAACAGAAAGCUUUGAAAUUUCGUUUCAAUGGCGGUGGCGUCUCAUUUAGACAUUGAACGGUGCAAGCUCAUCCCUCUCUCCCUUUCUUCCUUCUGCGCAUGUCCUUGCUCAUGCCGACCACUAUCCUCUAAAUUCCUAGUUUUGAGUCGACCCAUUACGAAAUUCGGCCACCUGCGCUUGGUCCUCGAUGGUCCUCAAGCUAAAGGUUCGAUUCGGCUCAGCCGAAGUGUCGUCUCGGUGCAUCGCCACUUCAUCACGGCUAUGGCUCGAGCGGAGCCGGAGAGUCUCGACGAAGGCAAUGCCAAGCAGGAAGUUGACAAAGGCCAAACAAUGUCAAUGAACGAGGAUACAAUCUCACAGAGUCAACCGAAAAAAAAUCAGCUAAAGAAAAGGGUUGUUUUUGGACUUGGCAUAGGAGUAACUGUUGGUGGUGUUGUAUUGGCUGGAGGGUGGGUGUUCACUAUGGCUCUGGCUGCUGCAGUUUUCGUUGGUGCACGUGAGUAUUUUGAAUUAGUUAGAAGUCGUGGAAUCACUGCAGGAAUGACACCUCCUCCUCGUUACGUAUCACGAGUUUGUUCUGUUAUCUGUGCUCUUAUGCCCAUACUUACCUUGUAUCUAGGUCAAAUUGAUGUUUCUGUGACAUCUGCUGCAUUUGUCCUUGCUACGGCAUUGCUUUUGCAGAGAGGGAAUCCUCGUUUUGCACAGCUCAGUAGUGCCAUGUUUGGGUUAUUUUAUUGUGGAUAUCUUCCAUGUUUCUGGGUCAAGCUUCGAUGUGGUUUAGCAGCACCUGCCCUAAACACUGGAGUAGGAAGAUCCUGGCCUGUUCUUCUUGGUGGCCAAGCUCAUUGGACAGUUGGUCUUGUAGCAACUCUAAUUUCUUUUAGCAGCAUAAUUGCAGCAGACACUUGUGCUUUUAUGGGGGGCAAGGCAAUUGGUAGGACGCCACUUACCAGUGUUAGUCCGAAGAAGACAUGGGAGGGAACAAUUGUAGGUUUGGGUGGUUGUAUAGCCAUUUCUGCUGUAUUAUCAAGGGUUUUUAGCUGGCCAAGAUCAUUGCCCAGUGCAAUAGCUUUCGGAAUUCUGAAUUUCUUUGGGUCUAUAUUUGGUGAUCUUACGGAAUCAAUGAUUAAACGCGAUGCUGGUGUGAAGGACUCUGGUUCUUUGAUACCAGGACACGGUGGAAUACUAGAUAGAGUGGACAGUUACAUAUUCACAGGAGCUCUUGCUUACUCUUUCGUCAAAACCUUCCUGCCACUUUACGGAGUUUGAUGUAAAUUUAGUAUCAUAACCAAGUUCAAUUGCUAAGCCUCCCGCACCAUCAUCAAAAUUUUUCUGAGGCUCUUGUUUUGGAGAGAGCUGGGCCAAAUAGAAGCGACUAAUUAAAAAAACAAAAACAAAAAAAACAAAAAAACAAAAAAAACAAAAUAAGAAAAAGAACUCCAUCAAGGUAUAAAUCUCAACCGGGCCGGCAUAUUUUUCAACCAGGGUGCAUGACAUCACGCAAGUUUGGGCUAACAAGGAGUUGGGCUAACAGUGCUGCUGCUGUCUGUGAGAGCUUUUUUCUCUUUCUCUCUCUGUCUUUUUCUUUUUUUUAUUUUUUCAAUUUGUUUGAUUUCUGGAAUAAAAUAAUAAUUGUUUGGACGUUGAGAACAAUUGCAUCAAUCUUCUUCUCAAAAGUCAAAACCUUGUAUUUUAGCAUUAAAUCCUUAUUUUUUGCUGGUUAA